AUGGCACAGGGCAACGAUACAUCACCCCAGCCCAGAGCUGCGCGUUUUCUUCAGCUGCCUACGGAGAUACGCAACGUGAUCUACUCCUACGCACUUCGUGCUCCAGGCCGAGGCUACCUGGAUGUCCGCUUUACCCCUCAAGACAGUCAGCAUUACUGCCCAAUGCGGAUCAUGCUGUGUAACCACCAGAUACACCGCGAGGUUCGAGAACUGUUGUGCAACCGAGAACUACGUUUCUCCGCCGUUCACGACACGGGCCACAUCGAGUCCAACGUGCCCUGCCUGCACGGCGUGGACCUUGCCAAAACCCGGCUCCAGUUCGACAUCAACCCCUUCCAAUACCCCGAACGUAUCCCCGAACUGUGGGAUGGCUUGGUUUCGCUCUGCAAGUCACUCGAGAGGGUGGCUCGUAUACCUCGAGUAGACAUCCGAUGCGAUGGCACCAUGCCACGUAUGACGCCGCCUCUGCAUGUCAACGAAGACGAUCUUGAAAGAGGCCCACUCAAUUGCGUCCUCCUGCUACAGCCGUUCAAUCUCCUGCCGGUUGCUACCAAAGCGGUCAUUACUGUCCUGGGGGGGCCGCUGAACGAUUUAUGGUGUGACAAUGCAACCAUCCAGAAUUGGGCUGAACAGUAUUCUCGACAACUUGAGACCCGAACACGGCGUCGUAUCAAACAUGCCGAUGCUAUUCCACAUCAAGGUCUGAUGUUGAAGAAAAGGGAGCCCAUAGUAUGGGACAUUGCUGUCUACAAGAAACUCUGUGCAGCCAUCCUGGAGGACUUCGGUGAUGCCUCCCUGGACAUUGAUGGCGAGGCGCCGACAUGGGAGAAAACGGCAGACUCAUAG